AUGAUCUUGCAGAAUCUGAUCUCGGAUGUUCAAGUUGUGGCCUUUUUGACACUGCUUCGUUCGACCAACAAGGACAGAGAUCCAGAUGUUGUUGCAAGAUGUGCUAAGCAUAUGAUCGAUGCUGCUUCCCGGGUUGACAUAGAAUCACUGCGCAAUGUGAUCAAAUUGAAUGAUCAGCCUGCUGGAAAUUAUCAAGGUGGACUCUGUGACAUCGUGGGAACUGGAGGUGAUGGCCAUUCAACUUUCAACGUUUCGACAACUGCAUCUGUUGUUGCGUCUCCAAUUUUGCGGAUGGCAAAGCAUGGGAGUCGGGAUCAGACAUCGAAGUCUGGAUCCGCCGAUAUGCUGAAUGCAAUUUGUCCUACGGCCCCGAGAAUUGACGCCAUUAACAAAGACAACAUCACCGAGGUGUACAAUGCUAGCAAUUAUGCAUUUCUUCUCUCAUCAAAUUUCCACCAAAAGAUGGUACACAUCAAUUUGAUCAUAAAGAAGCUCGGAACUUGA